GUUUUGGACUUCUGCAAUUGAUUCAACUUCUUUUUGAACACAGACUAAAGGAUACACACAAUGCGUCCAGAAGUUGAACAAGAACUUGCUCACGUCUUAUUGACAGAAUUAUUGGCUUAUCAAUUUGCCAGUCCAGUUAGAUGGAUUGAAACUCAAGAUGUCUUUUUAAAAGACUACAACACUGAAAGAGUGGUUGAGAUUGGUCCUUCACCAACUUUGGCUGGUAUGGCUUCAAGAACCAUCAAGGGUAAAUACGAAUCUUAUGAUGCUGCUUUAUCUUUACAAAGACAAGUUUUAUGUUAUGCUAAAGAUGCUAAAGAGAUUUACUACACCCCUGAUCCUGCUGAUUUAGCUGCUAAGGAAGCGGCUUCUGCUCCAGCUGCUACUGAAUCUACUCCAGCCGCUACUCCAGCUGCUUCAGGUGCCCCAGCUGCCGCAUCUGCACCAGCACCAGCUGCUGCUCCAUCAGGCCCUGUUGCUGAAAUUCCAGAUGAACCAGUUAAAGCCUCAUUAUUACUUCACGUCUUGGUUGCCCAAAAAUUGAAGAAAUCUUUGGAUCAAGUUCCAAUGGGUAAAGCUAUCAAAGAUUUGGUUAAUGGUAAAUCUACAAUUCAAAAUGAGAUCUUAGGUGAUUUAGGUAAGGAAUUUGGUUCAACUCCAGAAAAACCAGAAGAAACUCCAUUAGAGGAAUUGGCUGAAACUUUCCAAGAUACUUUUGCUGGUGCUUUAGGUAAACAAUCAUCAUCUUUGAUUGCUAGAUUAAUGUCUUCUAAGAUGCCUGGUGGUUUCAGUGUCUCAUCUGCUAGAAAGUAUUUGCAAUCCCGUUGGGGUCUAGGUGCAGGUAGACAAGAUUCUGUUUUGUUGAUUUGUUUGACCCAAGAACCUGCCUCUCGUUUAGCUGCUGAAGCUGAUGCUAAAGCUUACCUUGACGGUGUUGCUCAAAAAUACGCUUCUAUUGCCAACAUUUCUUUGAGUUCUGCAGCUGCUGCUUCAUCUUCAGGUGGUUCAGGUGGUGCUACUAUUGACGCUGCUGCUUUCGAAGAAUUAACCAAGGACAACAAAAUCUUGGCUCGUCAACAAUUGCAAGUUUUGGCUCGUUACUUGAAACUUGAUUUGAACAAAAGUAACAAAUUGGUCGAUCAACAAAAGGAUAACUUGAAAGCUUUGCAAGAUCAAUUAGAUAACUUGACCAAUGAAUUGGGUGAAUAUUUCAUUGAAGGUAUCACUUCUUCAUUCUCAAGAAAGAAGGCCAGAGUUUAUGACAGUUCUUGGAAUUGGUCAAGACAAAGUUUGCUAACUUUAUACUUUGAAAUUAUCCAUGGUUGUUUGAAAAGGGUUGACAGGGAAUUGGUUUCUGAAGCUAUCAACAUCAUGAACCGUUCAAAUGAUACUUUAAUUAAAUUUAUGGAAUACCAUAUUAACAAAGCUGAUGCUACCAAAGGUGAAAACUAUGCUUUAGCCAAAGAAUUAGGUACUCAAUUGAUUGAAAACUGUAAACAAGUUUUGAACUUAGACCCGGUUUACAAAGAUAUUUCAUACCCAUUAGGUCCAAAAACUAAUGUUGAUCAUAAAGGUAACGUCAAAUACUCUGAAGAACCAAGAGAAAAUGUUCGUAAAUUACAACAAUAUGUCCAUGAAAUGUCUCAAGGUUCUGAAGUUACCAAAAUUCCUCAACCAACUAUCGAACAAGAUUUAACUAAGGUUUACAAUGCCAUUUCAAAACAAGCUGAAUUAUCAUCUGGUACAAAAGUUGAAUUUGAAAAGUUAUAUGGUGAAUUGAUCAAAUUUUUGGAAUCCUCAAGUGAGAUUGAAAUCAAGAAAAACACCACUAUUGCUGGUAUGAAUGAUGAUAAUUUGGACUCUGAUUCAACCAAAGAAGUUGCCUCAUUACCAACCACUUCCUCAAUUUCAAACCCAGUUUCUAAAGUUAUUCCACCAGAAACUAUUCCAUUUUUACAUUUGAAAAAGAGAUUACCUGAUGAUUCUUGGACUUAUGACCGUUCGUUAACUUCUGUUUAUUUGGAUGGUUUAGAACAAGCUGCUGUCAAUGGUGUUACUUUCAAAGGUAAACAUGUAUUGAUCACAGGUGCCGGUGCUGGUUCUAUUGGUGCUGAAAUCUUGAAAGGUUUGAUUCAAGGUGGUGCUAAUGUUGUUUUAACCACUUCAAGAUUUUCCAAGAAAGUCACCGAGUACUACCAAGAAAUCUAUACCAACUAUGGUGCUAAAGGCUCCUCUUUGAUUGUCGUUCCAUUUAACCAAGGUUCUAAACAAGAUGUUGAAGCUUUAGUUGAUUAUAUCUAUGAUGAUGUCAAGAAAGGUGGUUUAGGCUGGGAUUUGGAUGCUAUCAUUCCAUUUGCAGCUAUUCCAGAAAAUGGUAUUGAAAUGAACCAAAUUGAUUCUAAAUCAGAAUUUGCUCACCGUAUUAUGUUGACCAACUUGUUGAGAAUUUUAGGUUCUGUUAAAAACCAUAAAUUUGAAAGAGGUAUUGAAACUAGACCUGCUCAAGUUAUUUUACCAAUGUCUCCAAAUCAUGGUACUUUUGGUGCUGAUGGUUUAUACUCUGAAUCCAAAUUGUCAUUAGAAACUUUGUUCAACAGAUGGCAUUCAGAAAGCUGGGCUAAUCAAUUAACCAUUUGUGGUGCUGUUAUUGGUUGGACCAGAGGUACUGGUUUAAUGAGUGCCAACAACAUUAUUUCAGAAGGUAUUGAAAAAUUAGGUGUUAGAACUUUCAGUCAAUCUGAAAUGGGUUUCAACUUGUUAGGUCUAUUAACCCCGGAAAUUACUGAAUUAUGUCAAAAAUCACCAGUUUUAGCUGAUUUGAAUGGUGGUUUACAAUUCAUUAGCUCAUUGAAAGAACGUACCAACAAAUUAAGAUCUGAAAUUCUUGAAACUUCUGAUAUUAGAAGAGCUGUUUCUAUUGAAACUGCCCUUGAACAUAAGGUUGUUAACGGUGCCAAUGCUGAUGCUCCAUUCGCAAAGACUCAAAUCAACCCAAGAGCCAACAUGAAAUUUGAUUUCCCAACUUUGAAACCAUAUGAAGAAAUCAAGAAAUUGUCACCAAACUUGGAAGGUUUGUUAAACUUGGAAAAAGUUGUUGUUGUUACUGGUUUUUCAGAAGUUGGUCCAUGGGGUUCUUCAAGAACUAGAUGGGAAAUGGAAGCCUUUGGUGAAUUCUCAUUAGAAGGUUGUAUCGAAAUUGCUUGGAUCAUGGGUUUGAUCAAAUACCACAAUGGUAAUUUGAAAGGUAGACCAUAUACAGGUUGGGUUGAUGCUAAAACUAAUGAACCAGUUGAAGAUAAAGAUGUUAAAGGUAAAUAUGAGGAAUUCAUCUUAGAUCACUGUGGUAUUAGAUUGAUCGAACCUGAAUUAUUCAAUGGUUACAACCCAGAAAAGAAAGAAUUUAUUCAAGAGGUUGUUAUUGAAGAAGAUCUUGCUGAAUUUGAAGCCUCUAAAGAAACAGCUGAACAUUUCAAGCAUGAACACGGUGAUAAGGUUGAGAUUCAAGAAAACCCAGAAACUGGUGAAUUCACCGUUAAGUUAUUGAAAGGUGCUUCAUUAUACAUUCCAAAAGCUUUGAGAUUCGACCGUUUGGUUGCUGGUCAAAUUCCAACUGGUUGGGAUGCUAGACGUUAUGGUAUUCCAGAAGAUACUAUUUCACAAGUUGAUCCAAUCACCUUAUUCGUUCUUGUUGCCACUGUUGAAGCUUUCAUUUCUGCUGGUAUUAAAGAUCCUUAUGAAUUAUACAAAUAUAUUCAUGUUUCUGAAGUUGGUAACUGUUCAGGUUCAGGUAUGGGUGGUGUUUCUGCCUUGCGUGGUAUGUUCAAAGAUCGUUAUAAGGAUCAACCAGUUCAAAAUGAUAUCUUGCAAGAAUCUUUUAUCAACACCAUGUCCGCUUGGGUGAAUAUGUUGUUAUUAUCAUCAUCUGGUCCUAUCAAGACUCCAGUUGGUGCUUGUGCCACUGCUGUUGAAUCAUUAGAUAUCGGUGUUGAAACUAUCUUGUCUGGUAAGGCCAAGGUUUGUAUUGUUGGUGGUUAUGAUGACUUCCAAGAAGAAGGUUCUUAUGAAUUCGGUAACAUGAAUGCUACUUCAAACUCAUUAGAUGAAUUUGAACAUGGUCGUACUCCAGGUGAAAUGUCAAGACCAGCUACUACAACAAGAAAUGGUUUCAUGGAAGCUCAAGGUUCAGGUAUCCAAGUUAUUAUGAAUGCUGAUUUAGCUUUGAAAAUGGGUGUCCCAAUCUAUGGUAUCUUAGGUAUGACUGCUACUGCUACUGAUAAAAUUGGUAGAUCUGUCCCAGCUCCAGGUAAAGGUAUUUUGACCACUGCUAGAGAACAUCACGGUGACUUGAAAUUCAAAUCUUCAUUAUUGGAUAUUUCAUACAGAAAACGUCAAGUUGAAAGAAGAGUUAAAGAAGUUAAACAAUGGAUUGAUUCUGAAUAUGAAUUUUUACAAGAGGAAGCCAAAGAAUUAUCAGCCGAUGAACAAAACACCUAUAUUGCUGAAAGAAUUCAAGAAAUUCAAAAUGAAGCUCAAUCACAAAUCAAACAAGCCAAAGAUUACUAUGGUAACUUUUUCUACCAAAACAAUCCAAGAAUUGCUCCAAUUCGUGGUGCUUUAGCUACUUUCGGUUUAACUGUUGAUGAUAUUGAUGUUUGUUCUUUACAUGGUACUUCAACCAAAGCUAAUGAUAAGAAUGAAUCAGCUACUCUUGAUAUGAUGUUUAGACAUUUGGGUAGAAGUGAAGGUAACCCAGCAUUAGCUGUUUUCCAAAAGUAUUUGACUGGUCAUCCAAAAGGUGCUGCUGGUGCAUGGAUGUUCAACGGUGCUUUACAAAUUUUAAACAGUGGUAUUGUUCCAGGUAAUAGAAAUGCUGAUAACAUUGAUAAAGUCUUGGAAGAUUUUGAUUACUUGUUGUUCCCAUCUAGAUCAAUUAGAACUGAUGGUGUUAAAGCUGUUUCAGUUACUUCAUUCGGUUUCGGUCAAAAAGGUGCUCAAGCUAUUGCUAUUAACAGUGAUUAUUUGUUUGCUGUUUUGUCUAAAGAAGAAUAUGAAACUUAUGCUAAGAAAUUCAAUGAAAGACACAACAAAGCUUACUCUCACUUCCACAAGUCAUUUAUCAACAACUCUUUGUUCAAAGCUAAAGAUAAAGCUCCAUAUGAUGAUGAUUUACAAAACCCAGUUUACUUGGAUCCAUUAGCUAGAGUUGCUCCAGCUAAAAGUGGUAACUUAGAAUAUGCCUCAAAAUCUAUUCAAAGUGCUGAAUCUUUUGUUUCUGCUUCAUCAAAAGAUACCUCAAAAGUAUUAGGUGAAUUGAGCUCAAAGGUUGCUGGUUCAAAGAAUGUUGGUGUUGAUGUUGAAUUGAUUUCAUCAAUCAAUGUUGAAAAUGAGACCUUCAUUGAACGUAAUUUCACUGAUGCUGAAAUCAAAUAUUGUCAAGGUGCUCCAUCACCACAAUCAUCAUAUGCUGGUACUUGGUCAGCUAAGGAAGCCGUUUUCAAGGCUUUAGGUGUUGAAUCAAAAGGCGCUGGUGCCCAAUUGAAAGAUAUUGAAAUUAUUCGUGAUUCAAACGGAGCUCCACAAGUUGAACUACAUGGUGAAGCUUUGAAAGCUGCUCCAAAAGGUUCAACCAUCAAAGUCAGUAUCAGCCAUGAUGAUUUCCAAAGUGUCGCUGUUGCCAUUUUAAAUUAGAGAGGAAGUUUUUAUAGUAUUAAGUAAAUUUGUAAUUUGUUAAAAUAUAUCUUCCCAGCGUAGUACUACUGUUUGCAAUAAGUGU